AUGCGUUCAUUUAUUAUCUUGUGCAUAGUUGGCUGGGCUAGUGCCGGUCGCUUGGGUUACAACUAUGAACCAUCAGUUAGUAUUAGCGGUGUACCAUUCGGAGGUUACAGUUCUCCAUCAUACAGUUCCCCAUCGUAUAAUACACCCUCAUUCCCCGCUCCCCCAGCCGUCGAAUUGAAUAAAGAAUUCUACACAUUUUCUGCACCAGAAAAUGAUUUCAAUGAUCUACAUUUGGCUGAACAAGUAGCGAGUACUUUGAAACAAUCAGUUCGUGUCAUCUUUAUCAAGGGUCCUGAAAAUCAUAGUUUGGAAAAUGCCGCUUUGGCUUUGGCCAAACAAGCUGCCCAACAACAAACAGCCAUCUAUGUACUCAACAAACAACCUGAUCUUAAUGAGUUGGCCCAUAAACUUAAUAGUCUUGGCACCAACCACAACUUUCGACCCGAAGUCCAUUUUGUUAAAUACCGCACCCCAGAAGAUGCUGUCAAUGCCCAACAUGCCAUCCAAAGCCAAUACGAUUUAUUGGGCGGUAGCUCACAGAAUUUUAAUGGUGGUGUUGCUCCUGUUAUUAACUUUGCUUCAGAAGCUCCAGUUGCGACAUCUGGAACUGUGAAGUUUCCAGAUAAUACAUAUUUGCCAUCAUCGAUUUUUCAUAAACGGUAG